AUGAUUGAUCCGUUUAAGGAUAAAUUUGCCUAUUUCAAAAACAACAUUCAGACUGCUGAAGACAAGGAGGAAUUUGACGCCAGUCAAUAUUACUAUAACCGUGAUGAAUUCUCAAGUUCUAAAGGUCCAGUCAGCAGCAACAAUGGAUUAAGCAGCAGUGGAGGGCCGCAUUUAAAUCUUUCGUCCUUUCACUCUAUGGGUAGCGAUCUUGGUGUCGGAGCCAUCGACACAGACGCUUCUGAUGCCGCUAUGGCGCAAUUGCAGGGAUCAUACUCAGGAUACAGUAGCAGUUUGAUGGCGUCUGGGUCUAGCUCGUUUCUCGGUGGCUCCGGAAUAGGCCGCGUGCAAGUGGGCGGAGGUGCAAUUCCGCCUUCACAUGAAUUACAUCGCUUAAAUUCCGGUGUGUUAGUGUACAAAGGCUCUUGUGUAUGGUGUCGGCUAAUCUCUGCCAUUAACAUCGCUGAUAUUUGUGUAGGACGGAGUUUUCAAUUACAGGCGGAGAACAAAGCACCUGACAUGUCUGAAUUUCCUGCUUUAGGAUCUAGAAUGGGAUCUUUGUCACUGGACACGACUUUCGAAGGCACAGUAGCCGACCGUAUGCGAACACAACCGUCUGAAUUUGUCAUACAGAAAGAAGAUUUCCCAGCAUUAUCGACAUUUGGACCAGUUUCUAGUGAGAGGAGUCCUAUGGGGCCAUUAGCAGAGCUUAAAAGAAAAUCGAGCUUUACUUCGUCUGCGGCAGAUGGCAUGUUAUCAUCGCGGUUGGAACAGCAAAAGGGGGGCACGUUGAUAGGAAGUCGUGCAGGUGGAGCGACAUUUUCAGCAGGCGCAGGAUCUAGUGGUAGCGUGACUUUAGGCACCGAAGCAUUUGAUCACUUUCGAGCACCUCGGCAAGAUGAAGUGACUGCAAAAGCAGAAGUGACCAACAGUGAGCUGGACCCAAACAAUCAAUACGGACUUUUGGGAAUGCUCCACACUGUGAUACGACCCGGAAAUGCUGAAUCAAAUACAAACUUGGCGAUGGGCUGUGAUCUCACGUCACUUGGAUUGAAUCUUAACUCGGCAGAACCAUUGUAUCCGACAUUUGCAUCUCCUUGGUCAGAAGAGCAGCUGACAAAAGAGCCGCAGUUUUCACUACCGAUGUGCUAUUACAAUCAGCCGCCGGUGCUUAAGACAACGCACUUAUCGAAAUUUCACCUCGAGACGCUAUUUUUUAUCUUUUACUCAAUGCCCAAAGAUGUUUUACAAGCAUACGCUGCUCAAGAACUCUAUAGUCGCGAGUGGCGAUACCACGUGGAUUUGAAGACCUGGUUAAAGCGCGCAUCUUCGGCUGACGCUGCGCUUAUAGCAAGCAACAUCAGCUCAUCAGUCGGAGGAUCCACUAAUGGUUCACCCACAGGUGCAACAAGUAACGGCACUAUCGGGUCAAUCGGUAGCGCUAUGGGCUCCAAUACGGGAUCAUCGCUCACAAAUAACUCGAUGACACCGCAGUUUCUGUACUUUGAUGCGACCACGUGGGAACGGCGUGUGUUCGCUGGAAACAUCACCUCGAUUAGUGCUGGACUUUUAAGUGAAGAAGAGAUUCGGGUCAAAUUUACUGCAUCUUCGUAA